AUGUCCGUGGCGACGGUAUCCAACCUGCAGCGCAUCACAGCUGCAAAGCUAGCCGAAAUUCUCCUCGCUAGCACAAACCAAUCCUCCUCGAAUUCUACGAUAGCGAUCGUAGACGUGCGGGAUGACGACCACAUAGGUGGGCACAUCAAGUCGUCGCUGCAUUUUCCUAGCCGCAGUCUCGACGCUACGAUGCCGACGCUCCUGCGCAAGCUCGCCGGCAAGGAGGUCGUGGUCUUCCACUGCGCCCUGAGCCAGCAGCGAGGUCCCAGCGCCGCUCUGCGAUACCUCAGGGAGAGUGCGGCCGCCGCGGCGAAGACGUCCGCUUCAUCCUCUGCCGCGGCCAAGGCUGCGACGCCCGAGAAAGGGGGAAGGGAAGCGGGGCAGGCUGACGAGGUGCCCCAGCAGCAGAAGGUCUACGUCCUGGACCGCGGUUUCGUCGGCUGGCAAGAGGCCUACGGCCGUGACGAGCGUCUGACGGAAGUGUGGAGGAAAGAGUUGUGGGAGGACUACUGA